AAUGGACUUCUUUAAAAAUUAAACACUAUGAAAAUUCGGUCCAAUAAAAACUUUUUAACCAAAAAAUUAUACCGCCUUCAAAAACCACUAAAAACUAAAAAGUAUUUUAACUUGACUCGAAAAUUGUUUAACAGUGUAUAGGUAAUGUUAAAUUAUUUUUGGUUUUUAGUAGUGUUUUAGGGCAGUAUAAUUUUUUGUUAAAAAGAUUUAAUUUUUUUCUUUUUUGUAUUAGUAAAAAUCAGUAUACGUUGACGACAUCAUAAUUGACAACAUAAUUUAAUGUAUAUUCGAAGUCAAGGGUCCAAUACAAUGAAACAACGCGAGAAGCAUCAGGUUUUAAAUAAAAAAAGAAUCAUCAAAAUCGGUUCACCCAGUCGAAAGUUCUAAGGUAGCAAACAUAAAGAAAAAAACAGAAAUACAGUCGAAUUGACAACCUCCUCCUUUUUUGAAGUCGGUUAAAAACUGCUUCGAAUUCCACUUUCAAUAGAAAUAUCUACACCGCUCUCGUAACUGAAAUACGUUUUAGGUUCGCAUGUGUAAAUUUGUUUGUCGCAAUAUUUCAUCACUUGAUCUGUGUUAUCACCUCCGAGCCGCAGUAGUGUGCUCGUUGCCAAUUGCCGAAACAUAAACAAACAAAGCCUGUAUUUAAGAAGAAUGCGCCGUUUUUUUUCUAUCAGUCACUUGUUUUAUCAAUAUCAGUGCUACCUGUAGUUUAACAUUAUCAAAAUGGUUGCUUUGAAACUUUGCAUGUUCGGAGUGCUAGUAGCGGUGGCUGCAGCCCAACAAGUCCUCCAACACCCACCUGCUGAGAUCCUCUCCGAUAACAGCUUUGUCAGGGCCGACGGCUACGACUUUGAAUAUAGGACGAGCGAUGGCGUUUCCCGCAAGGAAGAAGCCGGUCUGAUCAACGUGGGCGAUCGUCAAGGCAUCGCGGUCCGAGGCUCUUACUCCUACACCGCUCCUGACGGCCAGACCUACGAGGUCACCUUCACUGCUGACGACAAAGGAUACAAGCCACAGAUCCGAGUCAUCGAACCCAAACAAUAAAACAUAAAAAUAUUUUUAUUUUUAUACUACAUUAAAUAUUUUU